CGAGUUCGGAUAGUCAGUUCCGGAGUAGAUGAUGUCGCUAGUUGCCGAUCGAUGAAGCGGCUUAAACAAGAAGUUGACGCUAUAAAAUCUGCCAGUAACUGCAAGCAGAUCGUUCAGUUCUAUGGCAUAACAUUUCAUGAGGGAGACGGUUUAGUGUGCAUGGAACUUAUGGAUAUCUCUUUGGAGCGGCUCUACACUGCUGUACACAGACUGGGGUACCCUGCCUUCGACGAAAAUACGUUAGGAAGCGUCGCCAUUAAUGUUAUAAUCGCAUUGAAUCAUAUGAAAGAUCAUUACCGUAUCAUUCACAGAGAUGUGAAGCCAUCCAAUAUUCUACUCAAUCGGAGAGGAGAAGUGAAACUAUGUGAUUUCGGCAUAUGCGGAUACCUCCAAAAUUCAGUAGCUCAAACGCAAGACGCUGGCUGCCGACCAUACAUGGCGAUGGCAUGGUUAUUGUGA